ACAUCGGCCGCUACAAUCCGCACCGUCCACUAACGAAAUAUAUAACGCAAGCCUUCCGUUUACCAGGCGACAUUCGCGUUAACCACAGCCGCCAAAACACGGUUAAAGCUAACUACAGUGCGGUCAGAAAGAUUACCGUCACAUCAAAACGUUUUAGGAAUAGACAUUUUUUGACACUCCGGGGAUUGUGGGCACUGUUUAUUUUUUAUUUCAAAUUCACAAUGAUUCUCAUCUUGGCAUGUUUUGCCUUGGCACUCUGGAUAGUUAAGUUCCGAUACAGAAGGCAGCACAUGUACAAACUAGCUUCCAAGAUACCACCCCCGACCAAAGAGAUGCCCGUUAUCGGAAUUGCGCACAAGUUGAUGGGAAGCACAGAGGAUAUAAUGGAUGAGCUGAAAUCGUACAGCUACGCAGCCAUGGAAAAUGGUGGUAUGAUCAGAGGAUGGCUCAGUCACAUAUUGUAUUUCUUGCUUUUGGAUCCCGUGGACAAUGAAAAAGUGCUGAAGACAUGCAUGGAGAAAGACAACCUGCACAGAUUCAUGAGAACCGUCAUUGGCAACGGUGGCAUAUUCGCCCCUGUGAAAAUUUGGAGAAGACGCAGGAAAAUCCUGGUGCCAGCGUUCAGUCCGAAAAUUGUGGAAUCCUUUGUGAAAAUAUUUACUCAGCAGAGUGAAACACUUGUGAAAAAGCUUAGUAACCAAGUUGAAAAGGGCAAAUUCAGCGUAUGGCCUUUUUUGAGCACUUACACAUUAGACUCCGUUUCUCAAACGGCGAUGGGUGUAAAAAUAAACGCGCAGAAUAAUACUCACAGUCCAUUCCUUGUGUCGCUGAACCGAAUCCUGAAUUUGGCGUGCGAAAGAAUAUUCCACCUGUGGCUUCAGCCAGAUUGGAUGUACAUGCUCUUCCCGCAAUAUACGGAGCACAAGGCUUGUCUUAAGCAACUGCACGAUUUCACUGAUGAGGUUAUAGUAAAAAAACGCGAAGAAAUACAGAAGGAAUCCAAGGAAAAAACUGAAGCGGAUGCUGAAUAUGAUCUAGAUAGUUAUAAAACCAAGAGUUUUCUAGAUCAUCUGAUUGAUCUUUCGGGCAAAGAGGGUGGUUACUCUAAUCUAGAAUUGAGGGAGGAAGUGUUGACCUUGACUAUCGCUGGAACGGAUACCUCUGCGGUUGCCAUGGGAAACACCUUGAAGAUGCUGGCGACAUAUCCAGAAGUCCAAACGCGGGUUUAUGAAGAGAUUUAUGACAUAUUCGGAGAUUCUGGUCGUCAAUUAGUGAAAGAAGAUUUACAUCAACUGAAGUACCUCGAGAGGGUCGUGAAGGAGACACUGAGGCUUUUUCCGCCCGUGCCCUUCAUCAUCAGAAGGGUGGACGAGAAUGUCACAUUACCGUCUGGACGUGUGUUGCCCGCGGGAUCUGGCGUUGUGGUGUGCAUUUGGGGAGCACACCGGGACCCCAAGCACUGGGGGCCGGACGCCGAGAAGUUCGACCCUGACCGCUUCCUGCCAGAGAGGUUCCUGCCGCAACAUGUGUGCAGCUAUAUGCCAUUCAGCCAGGGCCCCAGAAAUUGUCUAGGUUAUCAAUACGCCUUGAUGUCUAUCAAAAUAGCUGUCGCGGCAAUAGUGAGAGAUUUCAAAGUAGUCCCAGACCUUCAAAAUAGUGAUAAGCCGUACAUCAGGGUCAAGUUAGAUGUAAUGAUGAAAGACGUGGAUGGUUACCAAAUAGCUUUAGAGAAGAGGAAGCCGAGUACGAAUACCAGUAUGAGGAUAUCGUCGUAGUUGAUAAGUUUAUUUAUGAUUUAACCUAUAAAGUUGGAAUUCGUAUAACUGAUGUCAAGUAAAACAAUCCUUGGAGCUGCAAAUAAAGUUUAUAACAACUUUUGAGUACAAUCCAAGUCGAGGAUGUUCUAACGUGGCGUUUUCCUACGUGGUUAAUGAAACACUCUUCUGAGGUCUAAGUACGAAUUUUCGACAGCUCCGUAAACCCACAUCAUCAAAGUUUCUAUGAAAACUAAGCAGCACCGUAUCGGAUUUAAGAACAGAUUAGCUUUUCAAUACAAAAUUUAAUGAUGACAAUUUGUGCUUUGACCUCUGAACGUCUGAUGACGAAGAUUGGAUUGAAGUUUUCACAUCUUAGUUAACUAUCUUAACGGAUGUAAAGUGGAGCUGCCAAAUAGUCCGUUUUUCACUCGAUUCUAUUUAAAAGAGUUACCUACUUUAUAAAUACAGGUUUUAUAUAGCCCUGUUGAGGUUUUAUAACUCAUCUUAAAAAUAAUAAGUGGCAGAUGUCACAUUAAAAUGUAAAAGGAAAAAUACUUUUUUUAAGGACGGAAUAUAUUACAUAUAUACAUUUUAAUGUGACAUCUGCCACAUUAAAAUGUAAAAGUAAUUCUGUUAAGUAAGUAAGAAAGCUACUUCACCAGUCGGGACCUAUUAUAUAUUCAAGAACGGAUAAUUAUUUUUCAAUAAUGGGUAAAUAUAAAUGUAAAAGGAAAAUGGUUUCUCAUAUUUUUAUUCCUAUUUGUUAUUUUUCUCUAAAAUAUAUUUCGUCCUUUAAAAAAAGUGUUUUUCCUUAAAUUGAAUAUUUUGAAAAAUACUACCGGUUCUUCGAAUUUAUUUAUUUAAUUGUUUACAUAACCAGCCCUACUCAGUGACCACGAUCGUUGAGGCAAAAAAGGAGUCAAAAUUUAUUCAGAACCAACAAUAAAUUAAACAUCCUUGUUGAGGAGGAUGUCCGCUAACAUACAAUUUAAGAGUGUUUAAUUAAAUUACUUUGAAUGGUACCUUAUAUAUAAAUUCCUGUUAAGUAGAUUAAUUUAAGUUAGUAAACGGCAAUGUAACAUGAAAUCGGUGAACUAAUAAAGCUCGUACAAGUCGUUACAGUCGACUUUUGCUACUGAGUUUUUAUGACUUUUAUAGUAUAAAUAACUAUAUCGGUGCACAAAUUCUCUUGUGUUAUAUAUAAACCGAAACUUUAUUUAUUUGCCAAAUGUGCCUUUUGUUGCCUGAACUGAAUCUUUUACGGUAUAAGGAUAGAAUAAGAAAUAAAACAAACAAUACUGCGUAGAUCAUCAAGAAACACUUGAAAGAUCAUUUUAUCGCCGCGUUAAUAUGAUCGAAGAAUAUUGUCAAUCUCAUAGAAUACAUCAGUGAUCAGUAUAUACAUUUAUGGUAGGUAGUUUUAUAGAUUUGUUCCUCAUUAUUAAAUUAAUUUAGAGUAAGCGUUAACGAACUUAUCUUUUUGUGAAAAGGGCCGAAUUUAUUUUUGCCGUAAAUGUGUGAUACAAGAAUUGUAAACUAUUGGUAAAGGUAAAAUAUUUAUUACAAAAGGACCUUUAAACAACUUAAAGAAGAUUUAAAAAUGAUUGACGAUUUUGUUUCAUUUAUAAAUAUAUUCCUUCGGCUUUAUUUUGUAAUUUUCUUGCUUUCCACGAUCCCUACGAUACACUACGCGAUCAUUUUAAUUAGGUAUUUGGGACGACGAAAUUGUAUUAAUAAAUCCUUUUGGCCCUAGGGUGAAAUGAAAGAAGAAUUGUAAUAGGACCGGAUAACUGACUACUUACCUACUCCGAUCUAUCCGAUAUAAUAAAUGUUGUUAUUUUCUUAAUUUAUGAUCUGCUAACUAAACGAUCUAAUUCCUAGAUCAGGGAUUAAAGGGACAUAAGAGUGCCAAAAGAUCAAUCAAUUAUUUUUUACCUAUUAUUUUUGUCAUUCAUUAGUCAUAUCCCGCCUUUUCUUUUAAUUGAAUUUUAUACCAGAAUACUAACUUUUUGCUAGAAAAAAAUCCACGCGGACCAGGCAGCGGACGAGACUCGAACCCGCAGCCUUCGCAAUCCGGGCGAAUGCACUGACCAAUUAUG